AUGGCGUCGACGGCAGCGUGGGAGUGCAAUGGCUGCGGGGCCAAGAACGUUGACAGUUUGUACUGCGUCAUGUGUGCGAGUCCCGAUCCGCGCAAAGUCCUCAACUCGCCGACGAGCGUCGAGUCGUGGGCUUGUGCCAAGUGUACUGUGCACUACGAAGCGUACGCGAUGGCGUGCAAUCUCUGCAACGAGCCGCGCCCAACGAUGCAGGCGCAAGGGCAUUUCGCCACCGACGACAGCUAUGGCACCGCGUUCGAUGAUACUACAGAGGCAGAGAUCGCCACGCCGCCCCCGCCAGCGGAAUUUGACGCCAACCCCGCGACGCCGCAACCCGUCGAUACGAGCACUUGGUGGUCACAGGAUGACGACGAGAUGGCGGUGAUUCAAGGCGGCGGGAGUGCUAAGAAGACCAAGGCCCAAGUGGCGUACGAAGCCUUCUGCGCCGACCCGACGCAGGCGUCGAUCAAGACAGAGGACCUCCGCAAAUCCCUCCGCGGCCCGAAACUCCCGCCAACGUACAACAAGUCCCACUACUUUGACGUCGAGGUCGCCAAGGACGUGGUCGUGAAGGAGGUGCUCCGGCGACACCGUAAUGGCCAGCCGCUCCCUGACUUUCUCACCGAGAUCGUCCCGAUUCAACAAGCCCUGCGCCACCGCUCCAACUGGCGGCCGUUGCUAGCCAUCAAGAACAAGAUCAACGAGCGCCUCGUCGCCGCCUGCGUCAUGAACGACGAGCCGGCGAUUGCCUCGGGGCACGGCCUUUCCAAGCUCGUGAAUGCGUGGCAGCACAUUGAAAGGACUUUGGGCGAAUUAGGCUGGGCCUACGACGCGCUGCGAGCUGCGUAUGCUGCUGACCACACCUCGGCCGCCGCCCUUGAUGACGCGACCAAGGACGCGUUCGAAGGGCAUGUGUUGCAGCGGUUGGAAAAGGAUGGACUCCUUUUGCGCACGGCGGAUGGUCGCAUCGACAAGCGGUGCGCUGCCGUUCGCAGUGGCGACCUCACGCUCAAGGACGACGGGACCGUAGACCAGCGCUGCAGCGCGUACCGCGCGGUGCUGUCGUCUUUCUCGGAAGCAACGUGCGACUAG